AUGAACAGGAUUACAGUGCCUCCGUCUGGCCUGGGUACGGACGCCUUCACGGAGGACUGCUUGCUGCGCCACGCCCAGUUCGUGGUGGACCAGGUGCAGAGCUUCGACCUGGCUGGCGGUGUCGAGGAGGCGCAGCUGCUCACCACCGCCUGUGUACGCGCCCUCAUCCGGCUGGCCGGCGUCACGCUCGGAAAACGCCGAGCGAUCCGUAAAGUGACGCGAGUGAAAAAGGUAGCGGCCGCGCCUCUCACCAAAGCCACGACGACGCCACUGGUCUCUGAACUGUUUGAGAACUUCUUCAAGGGACAGAUCCAAUCGACGAUAAGGCAACUGAAGCAGGGGCCGCGCCGCACGCGCUGUGGGGUGUGUGAGGCCUGCCAGCAGCAGCCCGACUGCGGCGACUGCAAACACUGCCGCGACAUGGUGAAGUUCGGCGGCAGCGGCCGGAGCAAGCAGUGCUGCAUCAACCCAGGUAAGUGGAUUACCAACCGCAGCUCGGUGGAUGUCAACGGCGAGCGUCUGUCGGCGGGUGACUGUGUGGUGGUGGAGGCCGAGGGGCCGGCAGCUGCCGUACGUGGCCCGACUCGUGUACAUGUGGAGGCGGCCUCCGGACAGCGCUGCUACCACGCCGCCUGGUUCUGCCGUGGCCAGGAGACCCUGCUUGGAGAGACGGCCGACCCUGCGGAACUGUUCGUCACGGACGAGUGUGAGGACAUGCCCCUCGAGUCCAUCACACGCAAGACGCGCUUCGGCCAGGUGCGCUGCAGCGGCGAGACAUACUCGGUGGACAAGUGUGUGUUCCUGGACCCCGCCGCCUUCUCUCUGCGCCGGCGGCAGGCCUGGGUCAAGACGGUCAAGACGUGCGACGUUUCGCAGGUGGACGAGGAACUCUACCCUGAAUACUACCGCAAGGCCACCAGCUACGUGAAGGGUUCCAACGAGGAGACGCCGGACCCAUUCCGCAUCGGCCGCAUCAGCAGCAUCUUCACGAACAGAACAGGGAGCAACGCGGAGGCGGGCGACGUUUUCCUUCGCGUGACCAAGUUCUACCGAGGAGAGGACACAUUCCGGGGCAAGGAGGGCUCGCAGCACAGCGACCCGCACAUGAUCUACUACAGUAGCGAGGAGGUGUCGGUGGCGUUCGGUCACGUGAUGGGCAAGUGUCACGUGGUGUACGGUGACAACCUGACCUGCUCGCCGGAGGAGUACCGCCGCUGUGGACCUCACCGCUUCUACUUCCUCGAGGCGUACGACGCUGACGGCAAGAGCUUCACCGAGCCGUCGCCGGCCGCCAAACGCAUGGGACUCCUCAGAAAGGUGCGGUGGAGGCCGUCUGGUCAGGGCAAGGGCAAGGGUGCGGCGGCGCAGCGGGCGGUGCCGCCGCCGCCCGAACACCCGGUCGUGGCGCCGCUCCGCGCGCUCGACGUGUUCGCCGGCUGCGGCGGCCUCUCCGCCGGACUGCACCAAGUGGGCGUGGCCGUCAGCCAAUGGGCGAUCGAAAUAAACCAGCCGGCGGCCAACGCGUACCGGCUCAACAACCCGCAGGCCACGGUGUUCUCGGAGGACUGCAACCAUCUGUUGCAGCUGGCCAUAGACGGUGCAGAGCAGAACGCCAGCGGCCAGCGGCUGCCGAAGCCGGGGGAGGUGGACCUGCUGUGCGGCGGGCCGCCGUGCCAGGGCUUCUCCGGCAUGAACCGCUUCAACCCCCGGCAGUACUCGCAGUUCAAGAACUCUCUGAUCGUCAGCUUCUUGAGCUUCUGCGACUUCUACCGGCCAAAAUACUCCAUACUGGAGAACGUGCGCAACUUCGUUUCUUACAAGGCCAACGUGGUGCUGAAGCUGACGCUGGCCUGUUUGCUGAAGAUGGGCUACCAGUGCGGCUUUGGUGUGCUGCAGGCGGGCAACUACGGCGUCCCUCAGACGCGCCGCAGGGCGAUCAUCAUGGCCUCGGCCCCCGGCUUCCGCCUGCCCCUGUACCCGGAGCCCCAGCACGUGUUCUCGCUGAGGGCCUCCUCGCUGGCCAUGGUCAUGGAGGACACCAAGUACACGCCCACGUGCCGGUGGUCGCAGUCGGCGCCAUACCGGACUGUGACUGUGCGGGACGCCAUGUCUGACCUGCCAGAGAUCCUGAACGGCGAGAAGCACGAACAGAUGCCGUACGACCGCGACGCCAACUCGCACUUCCAGAGAGUGAUGCGGGCCGGCCAGGAGACGGCGCUGCUGCGCGACCACGUGUGCAAGGAGAUGGCGCCACUCAUCGCGGCGCGCAUCCGCCACGUGCCGACGGCGCCGGGCAGCGACUGGCGCGACCUGCCCAACCUGGCAGUCCGCCUCAGCGAUGGCACCACUUCGCGCCUCCUGUGA